AUACCCUGUUCGGAUUAUUUUAUAAUUUUCUUCGAAUUUUACGCGAUGCAUGCUUUACAAUACAGUUUCGCUAUGCAAGACGUUAUCCAAUCUCUCGUCCGACUUUUAGUCAAUGGAAAUGGAAUACUCAUAUUCUCUGUUGCUGCAUUCGCGUUGAGCGCUACUAUGUGCAGUAAAAAGAAGAACCCAAAAUCAACUAGCAAGGGCAGCAAGAGCACUACUCGUGGAAGUAAAGAUGCGGUGGCACGAGGUUCCAAGGAUCCGACGGUCGCGAAAGUCAAGCAAACCGCGGUCGGUAACGACGUAAAUCCGACCGAGUCGAAGCCGACAACCACCACUACCACUAUUCCCGAUGGGGCAGACACUAAGACGGCCGAUGGUGGAGAGGAGAAGAAGGUGAAGAAGAGCAAGAUGCACACGGUCGAUGAGAAGAAGAAGGUCACGGAAGAUGGGGAUCAUAAGAAGACGGUCGACGAUCCACACGAGAACACGCUGCGAAUCGAGAUGAUCGACGAUGAUCACACCAAGACCAGGACCACGGAUGCGACGGUUUGCUUCGACGAUCCGGGUGUCAAGCCGGCAGGCGGAAAACCAAAUGCAGGCGGGAAAAAGAAGAACGCGACACAGAGCAUGGAUUGCCCACUGCCAGGCGAGAAGGACAAGUCGAAGAAGUCGAAAAAGUCGCUGAAGGUGAAGCAAUCGGCGACCAAGGCUCAGCAGCCCAAGUCGGCGCCAGAGGAGAAGAAGUCGGAGAUGAAAUCGGCAAAGUCGAAGAAAUCGAAGAAGUCGAAGAAAUCGAAAAAGUCGAAGCGUUCAAGCAAAGACAAGCAUAAGGUGAAGUCUCCCAGUCCAGGCAAGGACGACGAGCGUCCGACUCAGGAUGGAACUGUGGAGGAGAAGGACAAAAAGAGAAGAAGUGAACUAGUUUUUUGUAAAAAUUUGUGUGUAUGUGUGCGCCCGAUCCCGCCAAAAAAAAAAGGGACGGGCCUUUUGUGUAUGAAGAUUUUUUAAAGUG